AUGGAUGUGCGUUCGCUCGCACCCCGUCCCUCGUUCACGACCGUCACGACUGAAUCGUCCGCGCCCUGCGCCAUGCCUCUCCCCAUCGAACGCUGCCAGGGAAAUGUCGCCUCGCUCGUAUCACGCUUCCAGAACGCGGCCGACCGCGACGCGGGUGCAGCCGCGCGUGACCCCACGCGGCGAGUCAGUGCGGGUGCCGGCGUCGCCGGCGUGAUCCCCGCUACCCGCCGGCCGAGCGGCAUGGGCUGGGGCGGCGGGAGCGGCGACGCAGGCGACGGCGGAAGCAGUGUGCCGGUGGCAUCAUUGGCGACGGCAGUAGCAGCAGCAGCGGCGGCGGCGACGGCGGCAGCGGCAACGACAACGACAACAGCACCAGCCCUCGCCGCCGCAAAAGAGGCCAAAGCUCUGGCACCGGUCGCGCCCAACCUUCCCAGUCCCACGCCCGAGCUUGUGCCCGACACCGAGCUCAAGAAGGAGGCGGUGAAGGAUUCGUCGUCUUCGCCCGAGCUGGGCGAGUCGCCAGCGUCCGACAAGCAGCAGCAGCUGCAGCAACAGCUGCAGCCCAAGAAGGCCACGGUGGCUGCUCCAGCUCCAGGGACGGCGAGACGUGGCCGUGUCUCAAAGUCGCCGGUGCGCAAGGGCGCCGUCGCUGCUACGACUACACCGCGCUCCACGCAGCAGCAGAAGAAGGAGACACCGCCGGCGGCCAAGCCUGCUGCGUCGCCGUCAACCCAGCCAGCCAAGCUCAAGCCGUCCAACACUGGCCUCUCGUCUGCCUCGAGGCACAGCGGGCGCGAGCUCGAGGUGCGCCCGCAGACCACGGGCGGAUCAAGAUCGUCCCCGGGCAAGACUACUGCUACCGCCGCCUCCAAGUCGAGCUCGCCCGGCGACAAGGACGGAAAGGCAAAGCAGCGUCCCCGCUCGUCGCUGGGCGUGACCGGCGCCGGCGCGACCGUCCAGCGGACGCCGGUCCGAUCGUCAGCCAGCGCGACCAGUUCGAAGCAGCCUCCGCGCUCGUCCCUCAGCGCCGCGUCGGCGGGCAAGGGCUCGGCUUCCCCUACACCAGUUGUGACCGCUACUGCAACGCCGCGCGCACACUCGCCGAGCUCCGUCUCCCGCCUGCUGCAGGGCACUGCGGCGUCGCGCGCGCGUGCAGCCGCCACUGCCUCCAACUCUGUCGCCUCGGCGCGCACCUCGCCCACCAAGACACCGCGCACCUCGCCCAACAAGGACGUCGCGGCGCUCAAGGCGUCGCGGACCGGCCCGCGCGGCAGCCUGGCAAGCACAAACGCGACCGCGACUCCUGUGCGCCGCAGCCCGCUGACGUCGGACGUGCGCAAGCGCCCGCCCAUUGGCAGAGUCGGCCUCGCGGCCGCGCGCGAGGCGCCCAAGUCUACCCCGACGGCUCGUGCAAAGAACGGCGUGGCCAAGAUCAAGGGUGCCGUGCCGGCGGCAGGAGCUGUCGAGGCCAGCGCGGCCGUGCCCGCGGCGGCGGCGGGCAAGGGAAGCAGCGAGCAAGAUGGUGAGCGCGUCCUCGUCGACAGCCCCGUUGAAGACAAGCAUAACGACGACGCCGACGACGAACACGACGAACGCGAACACGAGCACGAUCAGCGCGACGAUUCAGAGGACGAGGAGGUGCUCGACGAUUAUGACGCCGACGACGACGAGCGUUUCCGCGCCCACGUCCACCACGACUACUACCACCACCACGAGCGCGAGCCCUCGUACAUUAAUGACCACACCGACACGUCGACGGUCGGUGUGAGCGACAGCGUGUCGCAGCGCAUGGGCAGCCCCGAGAGCGUGCCCUCGAUUCCCGACGAGUAGUAGACCGACGAGGGCAGAAGAACCAAGAGAAGAGACCCCACGAUCCUUGUUUACGACCUUGCAUUGCGACUUUGUUUAUACCACAACUCAAACACAGACAGCACACUCAUAUAUUCAACACUCCUUCAACAGGCGACGAGUACGCCGACACGAGCGACCAGCCGCCAACAGUAGCAGCAGCAGCGAACGACAACGACGACCCUAAUCCCCAUCUACUAUCCGCUGCCACACCGUGCGGCCCCAAUACCAUGCCAACGACGACGGCGACCAGUCCCCGCGACUCUCUACCCGCCGCGACAUGUUUCUUCCUUCUUCCGGACCUCAGUCAUGUACUCUGAUGCAGUGGCG